GCCUCGGAGCCAAGACGAGGCAUUCGCUUCAAGAGACAAGCAGUUUAGAAUCAGGCAGAACUGGAUUGCAAAAUUUGUGGGCAGAGCGGUAUGUGUGCAGAAAAUGCUGCUGUGAAGACCCAGUUAAAGCUUUCACAUAAAUGAAGCUACAGCUAUCAUGAUUUAGUGCCCCCAAAGAAAGAACUUCGGUGGACAAGAAAGGACAUUUCUGGGGGUAGUAGAAUGCUUGAGGCCUGGAAUUUAAACCUGACCCACUAUCUGAAGGACACAGGAUACUAUGUCAGCUCAGCCCUGGGAUGGGCAGCUGCUCAACUUGGCCACAGCACCAGUUCUCCAGGGCCCCAUGUGCUGCUUCAGCUUCAGCCUGGGGGGCAUGACCGUUCCAGGAGGCCCAGGCAUCAUUUCCUGGAAUGUGGGUAGUUGCUUCACCUUAUGCACUGGAGAGGCAUGACUGCUCUGAGCAGCUAAGCUAUUAAAUAAUAGAAGAAAAUGGAAUUGAAUAUGGUGUCAGCAUGGAACAAUCUAAUGAUUCAUUAAGAGUCAACCAUAAUGAUGGUGAAGAGUCAAAAACCGAUGCUCAAGUAUUUGAGCAUCUAACCUGUAUGGACUCCAGGGAUUCUUCCUUUGGACAAAAUGAUUCUCCUACAGUUUUGCCCAUCACUACUCCUGAAGCAAAUAAUUCACUCAUAUCACAGAAUAUAACAGGGCCCCUGACUCAGACACGGACUCCUUCUGCAGAGCAUUUCCAUCUAGUGGACCAAAAUGGGCAAGCUAUUCAAUAUGAACUUCAGUCAUUGGGGGAAUCCAAUGCACAAAUGAUGAUUGUUGCCAGCCCAACAGAAAAUGGACAGGUACUUCGUGUAAUUCCAUCUACCCAGACAGCAAUGGCACAAGUGAUUAUACCUCAGGGGCAACUUGUGGAUGUGAAUAGUCCUCGGGAUGUCCCUGAAGAGAAACCCAGUGACAGAAACUUAUCAACUGUAAGGGUGGAUACUCUAGCAGACAAUACCAGCAAUUACAUUCUUCAUCCUCAAACGUCCUUCACAUUACCCAAAAAGUCAGUGACCAGAAUGCUGGAAGAACCCCUUCUGGCGCCUCUUCAGCCACUUUCUUCUAACACACCUAUAUGGGCCUGCCGUCUUAGGAGCUGUGAGAAAAUUGGAGAUUCAUACCGUGGCUACUGUGUAAGUGAGACUGAAUUAGAAAGUGUCCUAACAUUUCACAAGCAGCAAACACAGAGUGUUUGGGGGACCCGUCAGUCUCCAAGCCCAGCCAAGCCUGCUACACGCUUGAUGUGGAAAUCCCAGUAUGUUCCGUAUGAUGGAAUCCCAUUUGUUAAUGCAGGGAGUAGAGCUGUGGUAAUGGAGUGUCAGUAUGGGCCAAGAAGAAAAGGUUUCCAGUUAAAAAAAGUCAGUGAGCAGGAAAGCAGGUCUUGUCAGCUCUACAAAGCCACUUGUCCAGCUCGGAUUUACAUUAAAAAGGUACAGAAGUUUCCUGAAUAUAGAGUUCCUACAGACCCCAAAAUUGACAAGAAAAUUAUCAGAAUGGAGCAGGAGAAAGCUUUUAACAUGCUAAAGAAGAACUUGGUAGAUGCUGGUGGUGUUCUUAGGUGGUAUGUACAGUUACCUACACAGCAAGCUCAUCAGUAUCAUGAAUUAGAGACUCCCUGCCUCACUUUGUCACCUUCUCCAUUUCCUGUGUCUUCUGUUGAAGAAGAGGAAACUGCAGUUAGAGAUGAGAAUUGUGCAUUACCCUCACGUUUACAUCCUCAAGUAGCCCAUAAGAUUCAAGAAUUAGUAUCACAGGGAAUAGAACAAGUGUAUGCAGUAAGGAAGCAGCUAAGAAAAUUUGUGGAAAGGGAACUGUUCAAACCCGAUGAGGUACCUGAAAGACAUAAUUUAUCUUUUUUUCCAACUGUAAAUGAUCUAAAAAAUCACAUCCAUGAGGUACAGAAAUCCUUGAGAAAUGGAGAUAUGGUAUAUAACUCAGAGAUUAUUCCGGCAACGCUUCAAUGGACUACGGACAGUGGGAAUAUUCUCAAAGAGACCGUGACGGUUACAUUUGCAGAAGGAAAUUCACCAGGAGAAUCAAUUACCACCAAAGUGGAAACAAAUCAGACAGGGGGUUCUUUGUCUCCUGAGCCAACCCACUUGCUCUCCUCACUCUCCUCAUUUCAGCCCAAAAUAUUUACACAACUGCAGGGUUUGCAGUUACAACCAAGGUUCACCUCUCCUGAUGAAUCACCAGCUCUGAUAUCAGUAAAUAACCAGCCAUCCUCUAGUCCUUCAGGACUUCUGGAUCCAAUAGGAAGUGCUGUAAUGAAUAAUAAUUCUCUACUGCUUGGUCAAAGUCAUAGCCUUCAAAGAGAUACAUGCCUAACCCAAAACAAUGGUACUGCCUCCACCAUGGGUAACCUUCCAGAACCAGAUCAAAAUCUAGUUGCAAUGGACCAGCUGGUAGAAGUUGGAGGUGUUGAGGAUACAGGGAAUCUGGAAGGAACUGUUCAUCGAAUUCUGUUGGGAGAUGUGCAGACUAUUCCAAUACAGAUUAUAGACAACCACUCAGCUCUUAUUGAAGAAAAUCCAGAAGGUACCAUUUCUGUGAACCAAGUUAAGCAAGAACCCAAAGAACCAGCAUUGUCUAUGGAAGCAAAAAAAAAUUGUGGACUAUAAGAAAUUAUCUGCUAUAUAAAUUAUUGAAGCUUUUCAGAAUUUACAACUCUGGUGACUUCUGAUGUCUUAGAAAAGAAGGUGAAUAUAGUCAAAGCGUGGCAUUGAGAUAAUUGGACUGAAGACCAGUUUGAUGAGAAGCUUUUAUUUAAAACUGAUGUAUUUGUUGCCAGUUCCAUAUUUUUACCUUCCUUAAGAGAUGUUUUACUCUUCUUAUUUUGUAUAAUUUUUAUGCUCUUUGAUUAUCUAAUAAGGCCAGUAUUUCAAAAGCUCUUUUGAACUUAUCCACAGUAAUACAGUCUGGACACAAAUAGUUUAGUUAACUUAUCCUUGGAAAUACUCAAUUUUGGUUCUUACAAAACAGAAAAGAUCAACAGCAACAGCACCAUUGUGUGAAUGUAUGUUUGUAUGUGUGUAUGUAUAUCAUGAAUUUUUUUAAGUUCUGAAGAAACUUGUUCUCUCUUUAAAGUUGUGAAGAAAUUUUUAAUUGCCAGACAGGUAAGAAAAUGUUUAUAAUCUAUCUCAUUAAGAAAGAUGAAGUAUUCGGUUUUACAUCAUAACACAAAGUCCAGCAGCUAUAUCUGCAGAGACUGUGCAGUUGCAUUUUAGCCACUUCCCUUCUAAUUUUUGUACUUUUAACUACAAACCAAUAGUAUAUUAGUGGUUAUCCAAUAGAAAUUUAAAGUGUCUUGGUAAGUACUGAGGAUUUUUACUUGAAUUAAUCAGAUAAGCAACAGAAAUCAACAUAUGUAGCAUGGCUUUGUGCUAAAUUGGAAGUAAAAUACUAUAGGUAGAAAGAUGUAGAAAUUGAGAGAAUUGAAAAAAGAAUAAUAGAAUUCCUUGGUGUUUACAGAUAAUUUGGGAAACUUUUUGAUGACAGCAGAGGAUUUUUUUCCCCCUUAUUUUGUAAUGAAGAUCCAGCGCUGGUUAAAAAAUAAUUUGAUUUGUAGUUACAUUUUUCUAUGCCAGAGCUCUUACUGAAUUGAUGGGGUAUUAGGAUUUCUAGUAUUUUAAGGUAAGUAUUUAUAGUUUAAAAUUUAGUUUAUAUUUAAAACUUUAAAACAUCUGAUCUGGGAUAUUUUCUUUGUUAAGUAAGUAUAUUAACUUCAAAUACCAAAUAAGUACUAAGCAGUAUAUUCAUUAUAAGCAUCUGUUGUCUAAAGAUUGGUACUAGGCUGGACAUGGUGGCUCAUGCCUGUAAUCACAGCACUUUGGGAGGCCUAGGUGGGUAGACCACCUGAGGUCAGGAGUUCAAGACCAGCCUGGCCAACACGGUGAAACCCCAUUUCUACUAAAAAUACAAAAAUUAACUGGGUGUGGUGGUGGGCGCCUGUAAUCCCAGCUACUUGGGAGGCUAAGGCAGGAGAAUCGCUUGAACACUGGAGGCGGAGGUUGCAAUGAGCCAAAAUCGCGCCAUUGCACUCCAGCCUGGGCAACAAGAGAGAAACUCCAUCUCAAAAAAAAAAAAAAAAGAUUGGUAAACUAGAAAUAUCAACUAUAAUUUCAGGAAAUUAACCUAAAGGCUUUUGUUUCUCCAGAGACCAUUUGUGGGUAUAUUUUAUAUUUUAAAAAUAAAGAUUUUAAAUGGAUAUCAAUGUUUAAUAUUCAAAGCAUGCACAAUAUAAUAUCAAAUUUAACCUUAAUACUUUACAUGAAUAUGAGUCACUUUUGGCUUUUCUAAGUCCAGCCUCCCAUUCUUAAUUGAUUUUGUUUCAGGUACAUGACAUGUAUCUAAAUAUAAAGUACUGUUAUAGUAGAGGUAGGUGGAAUUCUAAUAUUCGUUGCUCUUUAGAUUUAUAUUUUAUUUAAUGUAAAGUUUAUUAUUUAUACCCUUUUUAAUGCAAAGCUAAUAUUUAGUUAUGUAUGGUUUUUAAUAAAAAUUACUUUUCUUUUUCCUAUGAAUUGAAAAUAUUUGAUGUUGGCAUUUUAUACAGGCAGGUUGCCAAAUUUGAUUAUGUUACGCUAAGUUAAACACAACUCUUAAUUACCUCAAAUCCAGAUUUCUCUUAGUCUGUGUGUAUAUAAAAGGAAUAAGUCCAAAUUAAUUUAUAGUUUAGUGUUGCACUGUAGGUAAUAUUCUUUUCAUUUGUUGUUUCUAGUUUUUAUGGAAUCCUUUUCUUUCAAGAUUCUAAAUAAUAAAUCUUUACCUCUCAAUAGUGAUAAUAGUGGUAAUGGUUUAUUAUUAGCUAUUUCACCAAUUGAACUCAGUCUUUUGGAGGCAUUCCUUUCUUUUUUGAUGUUGAGCUGCUAAGGAGAAGUGCUUGUUAAUACACAAAUUCUAGUCAGUUACCUGUGAGGAUGAGACGUGCCAGAGGACUCAAACUUUGGUAUAGUUAGAAAAAUAAUAUUUUUCUCACUUCAUUCUAUGUGAAUGUCUCUUCUGAUACUGUUUUUUAAUCAGACAGAAAGUUACAGAGCAACUUUCCCACAAAUAAACCAAAAAACAAAACCCCACAAAAACCAAGAGCAUGAAGAAAAGUUUAAAUCCCUAAUUAUAUACUCUUUUGGUUUUUAGGUAGAAACUGGAGCUAUCAAUAUUUUCAUGUAAGUAUUUCAAUGAGUAGCUCUUUAAAAAUAAUUUUUAAAUGAGAUUUUAAAAAUCCAUUGUCAUCUAAAUGCAUGUUUAGUCACAGUGUAUCAGUAUUGUGUUUAAAGGUGCUCAGCAUCACUUUUUGAAAACUAUGUUUACAUACUUAAAAUGUUUAAUUAUUUUGAAAUGUAUAGAGUAUUAAAUACAAGCUCCUAAAAUUUUCAGUAUCUAUAUUGGCUUUCUCUAACAGCUCUACAGCAAAGUUUGACAUGUUUUUUGUGUGUGUCAUGUAUUGUAAGGUGUAAUAUCUGUAGGUGUGAGUUGGACAUUCAAAAUUAGCAGUAAGAAAUUCACAAUUACAGCUCAGCUUAUUUAUUCAUUAUAGUUUUCACAUUCCCAACUUCCAAGUGAACUUUGUAUAUACUACAGUGAAUUAUAGAUAAACACAGCCAUGGUGGAUCUUUCCCUCAAUAGUGAUUUUCUGUACAAACAAUUAGUAGACUUAAAAGGAAAAGCUUUUAUAUCUUAUGCAAGGUAAAUGUUUCCUAAAUGUCACAAAAGUGAUAGAAAACAGCUUUUGGGAUCUGGUCCUGCAUUAGAGUUUCUAAUUCUGAGGCCCACCAGCUUGUGUUUCAUCUUCUUUAUAUCCUGUCAGAAUACAUACUUAAUCAUGUGGGUAUUAGAAAGAUGUUGUUUAACUUGUACCAGGUUUAAAAAAAAGAGGUUUAAAAAAUGUGUGUGCAUAUGUAUAUAUAUAUAGCAACUUGAUGUAUAGUGUCCUUGUUGUCAUGUAUUUUUUUCAUUAAAAAUCCUUUUUUUUUUCUUAUA